AUGGCUGACUGUGCUACCGGUUGCUGUGACAUUCGACUCCUGAGUCGCGACGAGAAGCGCAAAGAGUUCGAACAUGACCCAGCCAAUGCUCAAGACACCUGCCAAGGCCUCCGUGAUGAUCUAUUCAGUAUCGGCUUCAACUAUUUCGCCUUCGACGCCGAUACUGCAAGCAUUGAAGAGAAACUGCACGACGCAUGGGACGAGGUGAUCCAUGCCGCCAAGAUUAUCCCCUUUGCUGAUGCUGAGAUUGAUCGACUUGUUACGCUUAUUCUCGAGCUUCGAGAGCUCGGGCAGCUUGCCCGAAAGCAUGACGACGCCACCUCCAAUGAAGCGGCCAUCAUGCCCAACGGCCAGCGACUGUGGAUUGAUCUCCCCUACCUCGCCGACGAGCUCUACGAAUCUUGGACAAAUGAAUCCAUGGCAUUUGCAGCCCCCCAGCGGCAGAGCCUUGCCGUUCUUACCAGCAAGCUCUACGCCGCUGGGGCUUGUGCUGCCGACCUGGCCCAUUGUGCGCUUUGGCUCUUCAAGGAAGCGCUGGAAACGGAAAGGCCCCAGACCGCCUCUUUUUCUGAAGAAGGCACCUCCAACAAGUCCAAACCUCCCAUCGCCGACAUGCUUCUCGCCUGUCUUCAAUGGUUCAAGUACGGCAAGAUCAAGCUUGCCAAACUGUCCGUCGAAAACUACCACCCUGCCUCGGGCCACGACGACCAGGACUCGACUUCUCCGGGACCUCUUGCAACUGAGGCCGGCAUCACGAACCAAGGCUUUAGUCUGGCGAGGUGGUUGUUCUGGAGACGACGCUUGGGGGAGCUGUACCGCCAUGGUUGCGACCAAGUUGCGAAGCCCGCCAAAAGCUGCUUCGAGGAGAUGGUAAACGCAGGGUCAUCAAUAGGCAUCGACAUCCCGGGCGAGAAGAGAUUUUUGGAAAAGUCAUUCGAGGUUCUUGAUAGAGAGCUUCUUUCUCGAAAUUCUCAAGGCAGUGUUGGCAUUGAGGAGAUCGAAAUUGAUCCGACAUGGGCGGAUGAGGAAUAG